UGCAGUGGUCCUGUGAGCGGGAUAAACACGACCGAACGUAAGCUUUGGUUGCACAUUGUGAAAGGGCGCACUUUUGCGCACCCCCUGUGUAACGUUCAUUCCCACGUCGGCGGGAAAGCUUUUCCAGGUGAAUUAGCUGGUAGUAGCCCCCCAUCUUCAGUGCGGCCCCUUUUGUCCGGUUCAACCGCAGAGGUGUGUGCAUAUAAAUAGUGACGCGCAACAAUUAAAUGUGAAGGAACUCUUGAGGAGAUUGCAGGUUUAUCUGCCCAGCGGAACCGUUUGGAUUCGGUGAACUCGUGAUUAGUGGGUGAUAAAUUCACGUGGUGAUUUCUCGCAGCGUGCAGCGUUCAAGCUGUGUGGUUUGGAAAUAGGAAGAAGAAGACGAAAGGAAGCAUAUACGGAGGAAAAAUCAUCCCAUAUUAAAGGUGUGAGCAGCGCAAGCAAGGUGCUUUGAGUGUGACGAAAAUUCAACGAAUAUGCUGCGCUUCCCCACGGGUGAAGUAGAAAGUGAAACUUGAAAAGCAGUUCAGAGGUGCUUCUUCGAGGUGAAGAAAAUGGAAAAUUUGGUCUGUUGUUACGGUGUAGAACGAGAUGUGUGAAGGAACGUGUAUGUUUGUGUAUGGAAAGUGAUUACAAGUGCUUGCGUGACACAGGUGUUUCGCGUGCGGAGGUUCAUCUUUGUUGUGUAUGUACGUGUUUUGAAGGAAGAGAAAAUCAAAUUCUAUUUUGAAUUCCUAAAGAAGAUAGAUCGCUGCUUAAGAUUUCCAGAGUCGGCUUGAGCACAGUCGGGCUAAGUAGAAGAGAACUAAUGAUGGAUGUAGAACGGCGCUUUGCACGGUGCGAUCCAAAUUCGGAUUAAAUCCAUGAAUAAUAGUUAAAUUGAAUUCCUGAAUGGAUUUGACCCCCAGAAGAGUCCAUAUUUUGACUGCAUUGUUCGUGAGAAGUGGCUUCAUUAUUAGGAAUUAUUGACGAGAGUGCACCGAAAAUAUACCUUUCAGUAUGAAGCAGUGCUCCGACCGUGCGAGUUCAAUCAAGCAUUAAUUUGUGGCGGUGGAUUAAAAAAGUUCUAGUUGUGUUAUCAUUCCUAAGCUGACAGACGAAGACGAAGUUUGCAGCUCUAUUAGUGUCGGCGUUGGAAUAACUUGAACCAUGCUUCGUCGAUGAAGACUGCUCGGAAUUUGAUAGGACCGUAUCGAAGUUUCACAUUCCAGCGGGAGGCAAUCGACCUGUUCUAGCCAAUAGCACGUAGAGAAAAAGUUGCUCUACAGGACGAAGGAUGCUAAAGGAAAGGGAAGAUGAUCAGGAAAUAUGCAAAGCUCCAUCACCCUCACAGGAGGAAAGGAAAUCAUCGAGAGAUGCUGAUUUCGACCCACUGGGAUCGCAAAGAGUCUUCAAAAAAACAUCAUCCAACCAACUCCUCACCCUGUACCUAGGAAGUCGUGAGCUGGUAUCGCGCAAGGGAAUCAUAGAGCCUUUGCGAGGUGUGAUCUACAUCGAUCCGAAGAUUGUCAAUGAUGCAAAGAUCUACGGGCAGCUGACGCUUACGUUUCGCUACGGUCGCGAGGACGAGGAGGUAAUGGGUCUGAAGUUUUGCAAUGAAGCCGUCAUCGCCUUACAACAAAUUUGGCCUAGACCCGUGUUAACUGAACCCGAAGUGCUGACACCGCUGCAGGAAGCACUACUGGUUAGGCUAGGGAAAAAUGCAGUUCCUUUCGCGCUGGAAAUUGGCACACUGGCACCACCAAGCGUCCAGCUACUGCCAGCGAAACGAUACACCGGAGCUCCCAUUGGGACCAGCUAUGAUGUGCGUGUAUACACGGCCGAAGCCUAUGCCGACGAACGAAUUCAACGCCGCUCGACGGUGAGACUAGGUAUACGAUUAAUCCACAAGAUCUGUCCCGAGUCUUCAAAAGCGUCUGCACUGGAAACUGCCACCCUCAACUCUUUCUCCACCAGCGAAGCUGGCAGCAUUGGACCUAAAUCGCCACCCAUCUCGAUAGAUCCGCCGAGUAACAGUAGUAGCACUAUCACCACCAAUCCCACCACCCCCACCAGUACGUCAAACAGCGCCAUUGUUACAUCUAGCAGUAGCAGUAGCGGUCACAACAGCACCAUCCCCCGUGCCCUGAGAAUCCGACUUUCGCCCAAAUCACUCAAACUGUCCUCCCUCCACCGGCACAGCAGCAGCGUCGACAGUACCAACGGAGGGAUCACUUCGUUCGGCGAGCACGGUAUCAUCGAGCUGACGGAUGUGAACAAGGGUCCUCAAGUAUCGGUGGACAAACCUUUCCUGUGGGCCGACGGGCGAGUUAAUCUGAAGGCCUCACUCAACAAAGCGGCUUACGUGCAUGGCGAAAACGUAACGGUAACCCUCGACAUAAAGAACGACAGCCGGAAAAUUGUGCGGAAAAUCCGGCUGGUGGCCGUUCAGCAUGUGGACGUUUGCAUGUUCAGCAAUGGAAAAUUCAAAAACAUCGUCGCCGAAGUCGACGUGAGCAAACACAUCGGACCAGGGGACACUCUGCGCGCCUCGUACUCACUGCUUCCGGUCAGAGGAACAACCAAAAACUGGAUCGCCGUCGAGGGCGCUCUGUUUGGCAGCAAUUACAACGAUCCCAGUUCGUCGGCCUACAACUCAAAGCUCGCUACAAGUGCCCCGCGCGGUUUUAUGAUAGCACCCUCCGCAUCGGAGGAGAAAAACGUUUUCGCCAUCUAUGUUUCCUAUUACGUUAAGGUCAAGCUAAUACUCAGCAGUAUGGGAGGAGAGGUUUCAUUGAAGCUACCGUUCGUGUUGGGAAAUGUGGAACUGAGCGAUCCCAGCGGUAGCACCAUAACCCUGAGUAGUUUGAAAAGGUUACGGGAGAUAAGCCGGAAGGCCGAUUCGGUAAGUAGCAACGGUGGAGGUAGUGUAGAUCUUGGCGGAAGAUCACCCUCGGUCAAGGAGAUCAGCACGAAAGGAUCCGACGAUGACAACGAUAAUGACGAUCAAAUAGGUCGAAUCAGUGAACUUAAUGAUCAGAACAAACGAACCGGUCCGAACCGGUCCAACUCGAUAUCAUCUCCACCACGGGUGUCCUCGGUCAAGGAUAGCGGAACGAACAACAGGAGGGAACUGUUCAAGAACUCGAAAUUCAACGAUAACCUCAAUAGUACAAUCGAUGUGAUUACCGAAGACUUCCAAACCAUCACAACCAACAUAAGUAACUUGGUUAAAUCGGACUCGAGUAAAUCAAACCUGAACGAGGCUGGUCUCUGUCAGCAAGAGAUUAGCGUCGAAGCCCAAAUCCACUGUCCGCAAGUACCGGACGAUGGUAUCGCACAGAAUUGAUCAUCAUAAAUGCCAAACCAAGCAAAACUAUCAACAAACUUUUUUUCACUGUGUCUGUAAGAAUAAUAGAUGUAAUUUUUACCAUUUAAUCUCAACCUGCUGGAAAGCGUUGAAUGUUUUUAUACAAAACAGAUUAAGGGAAGUUUCACCGACACUAUUUGUAUGGACUGUAGCAUGAGACUCUUAGCCAAUAUCUAGAUAAACAAUAUGUCACUAUUAUAUACAGAAGCACCCUAUUUGUGAUGUUGGAAUUGAAGGUAAUGUGUCUAUUUUGUAAAAGUUACCAGUAUAAUAGAUGCCCACUGUUGAGCAGUCAUUAGUGUGAUGAGAAAGAAACAUAAAAAACUGUUUAUACUCCUUGAGGAUUAGAGGUAAACAAAUUUGGAAUCUGUAGUUAUUAUUAAUGAACGCACUGAGAUUUAUUUGUAUUGAAAACAAAAAAAAAGUAUCAAAAUCCGUUGUUGUGAAUGGAUAAAAUGUAACGGAAUUGUUUACAAUUUACAAUGUUUACAAAUUACAAUUUAUAUUUCAAUUGUUUCUUUCAUUAGUUAUACGAGGUAGAUUCUCUAGUCAGUAUAUUAAUUACUAUACUAGUCUUAGCAAGAACCCCUUUAUGAAAACUCACCCGUUACUUGGCUUUAUCAAGUUCACACUGAGCAGCCACAAAACUUCACAAAGUCCCAAAUAAUAUUAUCGAUUCGCCGGAGAUUAAUAAAUCGGGCGAACAUAACCCUGAACAAAUAGAAAUGGAUCUCAAUCAACUCACUAUUGCAAGAUUUUCCCCCCUUGGAAAGCAAACGAAAACAAAGUUGAACCGGACGAAGCAAAAUUAGUCGCUGUUAGCUAUCACGUAGAUUCAUAAAGUUGCAGAAACGAAUCAUCAGCGGAAAUGUUAUCCUUGGACCGAAGAACAAUGAAUGAUGUCAGUAUUGCGUAGAGAAAAUGAAUGAGAAAUGAUGAUAAUGAUGCAGCAUUAAAUCCAAUCGCUAUGAUUUGUGACAUCAUGAAACGAUUUGGCAGUAUCAAAGACAGUUUGUAGAAAGAUUGUUGAUUUUUUGGCGACAUUGUUUUCUCCAACAAGAUAACAAUAAGAUGCAAAAUGCAACAUAACCUCAUAAAUCCGAUAAAAUCAGCGAGGCUGGCGUCUGAAAUUGUUCGGAGCAAUUCCAUAUUUUCCAAUGAUAAAUGAGCAUAUAAAUUUGAAUUUUUCCGUAACGAUAGAGCUUAUUCCUAUCAAUUUUACAUAUACAUAAUAUGAACGCUAGUGGAAAAUAGACUGUUAAUUUCAAAGAUAUUAUCUGCACAAACACUGCACACGGUGCCUGAUGUUACGGCAUACAAACAUCGUCAGGAUAUUGUGAUCGGUAUUGUUAGGCAGGUCAUGUAAUUCAUGGAAGGAUGUAUUUGCGAGUCAGCCGAAUUUGAUAGAUUCUAUUGAAUG